GUUUGGACUUUGUUUAAUUCAUAUUUCCUCUUAGAGCGUCCUGUUUUGAGCGAGUGCAUGAAGCGCUACUAACCGGUGCCGGGAUUCUGAUAGGAGAUAGGCUUAGCACUUGCUUUUGGACGAUUUUUUUUUAUUUUUUAUUGCGUCUAAGUCCUCGAUUUGACCAGUUUCCUGGGAAAAUAACGGCUGUGAUCAAUUAAUGAUAGGAGGCGCAUUUGACACACAUUUGAUUCAAUCCUAAAUCCCGAUCUAUAUGGGAAAUGCAUGUUUUGAGAAGCACUACAGCCGGAGGCGGAUCACCACGUCCAAGUCCAAGACCGCAGCCUGUCACUCUUGUGGACCGGGAUACAAGACACCCCUGGACGCCAUGAAGGGCCCCAGGGAGCAGAUCGUCUACCUGCCCUGUAUCUACCGCAACACAGAGUUCAUGAAGCCAGACUACCUGGCCACCGUGGACGUGGACCCCAAGUCCCCCACCUACUGCCAGGUGAUCCACCGGCUGGAGGUGCCUAACCUCCGUGACGAGCUGCACCACACCGGCUGGAACGCAUGCAGCAGUUGCCACGGCGACGCCACCAAGAGCCGCAGCCUCCUCAUCCUCCCGGCGCUCAUCUCCUCCCGCAUCUACGUGGUCGACGUGGCGACGGACCCCCGGGCGCCACGCAUGCACAAGAUCGUGGAGCCCACGGAGCUGAUGUGGAAGUGUGGUCUGGCGAACCCUCACACCAGCCACUGCCUGGGCAAUGGGCAGAUCAUGAUCGGCUGCAUCGGAGACCCGUCUGGCAAUGGCAAAGGUGGGUUUGCCCUGCUGGACGGGGAGUCCUUCGAGGUACUGGGGAACUGGGAGAAGCCGGGCGACGCCACGGCCUUUGGCUACGACUUCUGGUACCAACCGCGGCACAACGUGAUGAUCAGCACCGAGUGGGGUGCCCCCAAGGCCCUGGCCAAGGGCUUCGACAUGCAGCACGUCAAGGAAGGCCUCUACGGGACCAGCAUCCACGUGUGGGACUGGACCAGCCGCGAGAAGCUGCAGAGCAUCGACCUGGGCAUGGAGGGCGCCGUGCCGCUGGAGGUGCGCUUCCUCCACGAGCCCAGCGCCGCCGAGGGCUACGUGGGCUGCGCCCUGGGCUCCACCGUCUACCGCUUCUUCAGGACCAAGAAGGGAGACUGGACCACAGAGCUGGUGAUCAAGGUUCCCAGUAAGAAGGUGGAGGGCUGGGCGAUGCCAGAGAUGCCAAGUCUCAUCACGGACAUCCUCAUCUCCCUGGACGACCGCUACCUGUACUUCAGCAACUGGCUGCACGGAGACAUCCGUCAGUAUGACAUCACCGACAGGAGCAAGCCGCGAUUGGUCGGCCAGGCGUUCCUGGGGGGCAGCAUCCAGAGCGACGGGGCUGUGCGGGUGCUGGAGGACCCCGAGGACCGGGAGCAGCCCCCCCCCUGCGUCAUCAAGGGUAAGCGCAUCCAGGGGUCUCCCCAGAUGCUGCAGCUGAGCCUGGACGGUAGGCGGCUGUACGUCACCACGUCUCUCUACAGCGCCUGGGACAAGCAGUUCUACCCCGACAUGCUCAAGGAGGGCUCUGUGAUGAUGCAGCUGGACGUGGACAACGUCAACGGGGGGAUCGUCCUCAACAAGGACUUCCUGGUGGACUUCGGGAAGGAGCCCCACGGCCCGGUCCUGGCCCACGAGCUGCGCUACCCCGGGGGCGACUGCACCUCCGACAUCUGGCUGUAGGACCCCCACAUCUGGCUCUAGACCCCCAACAUCUGGCUCUAGACCCCCCACAUCUGGCUGGCUGUAGACCCCCCACAUCUGGCUCUAGACCCCCACAUCUGUCUCUAGACCCCCCACAUCUGGCUGGCUCUAGACCCCAACAUCUGGCUGUAGACCCCCCACAUCUGGCUCUAGACCCCCCACCUCUGGCUGGCUGUAGACGCCCCACAUCUGGCUGUAGACCCCCCACAUCUAGCUGGCUGUAGACCCCAACAUCUGUCUCUAGACCCCCCACAUCUGGCUGGCUGUAGACCCCAACAUCUGGCUGUAGACCCUCCCACAUCUGGCUGUAGACCCCCCACAUCUGGCUGUAGACCCCCACAUCUGGGUGGCUCUAGACCCCCACAUCUGGCUCUAGACCCCCCACAUCUGGCUGGCUGUAGACCCCAACAUCUGCCUGUAGACCCUCCCACAUCUGGCUGUAGACCCCCCACAUCUGGCUCUAGACCUCCCCCACAUCUGGCUGGCUCUAGACCCCUUACGCCCAGCCUUAGCUCUAGACGCAGCCCCUCUCCUCUAGCUGUGGACUGAACCUACUAUCCCCGGUCCAGGGGCCCGAGACCGACUCGGGGCCCUCCAUCUCUCACAGGCACGCCUUCAGGCACGCACACACAAACUGGGGCGCACGCACGCACUCACUCGGGUGCGUGCGCACACACCCACGCUUGCACGCGCACGCACACACACAAAAACAAACUAGCAAACAAAUAAACGCUCAUACAGAGUCGGACGCACACAAACACAGACAGACAGACAGACAGAGACAGACACAGACACACACACACACGCACGCACACGCACACGCACACACACACGUUGGUCUUACCGUAUAAAUCAUGUUAGUUUAUAUAGGUUACUAAGUAUCCAGUAAUGCUUAACACAUGGUAAUCUUGAUCGACAGCACAUGCUGCAGUAGAAGAAUGCAGUCUGAAUGGAGCUGGGGGGGUCGUGGUAGUUCAUCCUCUCAUCUUGUGGUUUGUGAUUCACUUUGAUUGUCCGGCCCAGGGGUUAGUGUUCCCUGGGGUCGUCCCCAGGUCAAAGUAGGCUUUAGAACGUAUACCAGAAAUACUAUGAUACCUUCAAGGAAAUUAAUAAUAAAAAAAAACGUCCUUUUAUAACACGAAAACAUUCAACAAAUGGCACUGUGAAUGUUGUUUAACAGAGCCUGUUGCCAUGGUUUUCCACUUUUACCUGGCCUCAAUCGUUUCUGAACGCUGGUAAAUGAUUCCUGGUAAUGAAUUGUACAUUCCAGUACUCUGAUGAUAAAUCAGAGAUAUCACUAACAUGGGUUAUGUUAUUAACAUGAGUAUAGAUUCUGAUUCAGCACUUUACUGUUAUGACACUUA